AUAAGAAUUAUAUAACAAACAUGAGCUCUCUCUUGAAAAAUCAACUAACACAACCAAUGCUUGGGAACUCUAUUAAAAAUGCUGGAAACAUUGAGCGAUUAAUUAGCAGUUGUCAAAAGGACAUCCCUAAAGUUCCCAAAAUAGUCUUUAAUGAUUGCAAUGAAAUACCUAUAAUUGGACUUGGAACUUGGAAUAGCCCCAAGGGUCAGGUAACUGAGGCUGUAAAAAUCGCCAUCGAUGCUGGUUAUAGGCACAUUGACUGUGCUCAUGUUUACCAAAAUGAAGAUGAGGUCGGAGAGGGUGUUGAAGCCAAGAUCAAGGAGGGUGUUGUCAAGCGUGAGGAUCUGUUCAUCACCAGCAAGGUAUGGAACACAUUCCACAGUCCCAAGCUGGUCAGGACCGCUGUGGAGAAAACACUGAGUGCUCUGAGGCUGAAGUACCUCGAUCUUUACCUGAUCCACUGGCCCAUGGGUUAUCAGGAAGGCGGUGAGCUAUUCCCUGUCGAUAAGGAUGGCAAGACUGCCCAAUCGGAUGUGGAUUAUGUCGAUACCUGGAAGGCCAUGGAGAAGUUGGUGGAAGAUGGUCUGGUCAAAUCCAUUGGAGUGUCUAACUUCAAUAAGAGGCAGAUCGAGCGUAUUUUGGCUGUGGCCAAGAUCGUUCCAGCCACCAACCAGGUCGAGUGCCAUCCAUAUCUGCAGCAGAAGAAACUGAUUGAAUACUGCAGAUCGAAGGGUAUUACGAUCACUGCCUACAGUCCUUUGGGUUCGCCCAACCGCCCCUGGGCCAAGGCUGGUGAUCCGGUUAUCCUGGAGGAGCCUAAGAUUAAGGAACUUGCCGCUAAGAAGAACAAGACCACAGGACAGAUUCUUAUCCGUUACCAGAUUCAACGUGGCAAUAUUGUGAUUCCCAAAUCGGUGACCAAGGAACGCAUUGAGUCCAACUUCCAGGUCUUUGACUUUGAGCUGACACCCGAGGAGGUCAAGAUCAUUGAGACCUUUGAGUGCAACGGUCGCCUGGUUGCUAUCGAGGCACUCUUUGGACACCCCCACCAUCCCUUCGAGAAUGAUGAAUACUAAUAGAGAAUAAUCAAAUAUUUUAGCUUGUUACACAAUCAUAUUAAUCACAAAUCGUAUGAAUAAACAAAAGAGAAACUAUUUUA